ACCGCACAAAUUGAUAAAGUGAACUCGUCUCCACAACCUCUCGGUCAGAAUAUUAUUUAAUUCUAGUUUGUGGUUCCUCGUUGUGGGUUGGUCGAGAUUUAAUAAGUUAAAUAAUGGCUCGAGUUUUGGUUGGAGUUAAGCGAGUUGUGGACUAUGCCGUCAAAAUCCGCGUCAAACCUGAUAAAACUGGCGUGGUGACGGAAGGAGUCAAACACUCGAUGAAUCCUUUCGAUGAAAUCGCUGUCGAGGAAGCCGUAAAAAUGAAGGAGAAAAAGUUAGCCUCUGAGAUCGUGGCAGUCUCAAUUGGACCUACUCAAUCUCAGGAGGUGAUUCGAACGGCCUUGGCUAUGGGAGUCGAUCGUGGAAUUCACGUUGAAGUUAGCGGAAAGGACUAUGACCUCCUGCAACCAAUUCACGUUUCAAAGAUCUUAGCAAAAUUAGCCCUCGACGAAAAAGCGGACUUGGUCAUUGUUGGCAAACAGGCAAUCGAUGACGACAGCAACCAAACUGCACAAAUGACCGCUGCCAACUUGGAUUGGCCCCAAGGAACUUUCUGUUCAAAGGUUGAGAAAACGGGCGACGGUUACACCAUCACCCGUGAGAUCGAUGGAGGCUUAGAAACGAUAAAGUGCAAGAGUCCGGCUGUUCUAAGUGCCGAUCUGCGGCUGAACACACCACGUUACGCAACGCUGCCAAACAUCAUGAAGGCCAAGAAGAAACCCAUCAAAAAAGUUGCCCCUAAAGACUUGGGAGUGGAUACAACGCCGCGCAUUGAUAUCGUCUCCGUGGAAGAGCCACCAGUCCGUCAAGCAGGUGCCGUUGUCCCCGAUGUUGACACUCUCGUUGCUAAAUUGAAGGAAGGCGGACAUAUUAAAUAGGGAACAUACCGAAAGUAGCCGCGGUGCCAACUUUGUGAUGCGGUCAAUUGAAUUGUGUGGCCUUGUGUAUUCCUUGUACAAUGUAUGAACCUAAUUACCGUAGCGUGCAAUCAUAUAAUCCCAUGCAUUUACUAAUAUAAUCCUUUUCGAAAGAAAGUUUUUAUAAAAUCCUCUUCCGAAUACACAAAACUUUUAUAAGAAUUUCAGUGUUUUCAUAUCACCUUCAACCCAUCUGUGCCCACUUGACUGCUCUUAUCAUGCAUGAUAACAAUGAAAAGUGGAUUGCAAACAUCAUCCUUAAUUGAACAGUUUCGCAACAACCGAUUCGUUAUCAUGUGCUUUUUGGAACUCAUCUUUGUAGUGCUCGGAUGUCAAGUUCUUAUCAAUAGUUUCCAUAGAUACAAUUCUGUUUGUUCUUGUGAUGUAAGAACGUCAACAAAUAAAUGAAAAUUCGGUUUUAAAGGUA